AUGCGUCCGCUACGGAGCCGCCCGCUGCUGCUGGCAGCAGCAGCAGCACUUUGCAUCUUCGCGCUGGCGGUAGCUGAUGAACAGCAGCAGCAGCAGCAACAGCUUCAGCAGCAGCAGCAACAGCCGCAGCAGCAGCCAGAGAAGCAGCAGCCAGAGCAGCAGCAGCAACAAUCACAGUCGCAGCAGCAGCAGCAGCAACAACAGCUGGACCAGCCGCAGCAGCAGCACCUCGAGCAGCAACAGCAGCAACAGCCGCAGCAGCAGCAGCAGCCAGAGCAGCCGCAGCAACAACAGAAGCCGGAGCAGCAGCAACAGAAACCGGAGCAGCAGCAACAAAUGCAGCAGCAGCAGCAGCAGCCGCAUCAACACCUUCUGCCGCAGCAACCGCAGGAACAGCCGGGGCAGCAGCAGCAACCACAGCAGCAGCAGCAGCAGCAGCAGCAGCAGCAGCAGCAGGUGACUUGUGCUGCCCUGGAGAGGUCGCGCAUUAUCCCCGAUGUCAUCAAACUGCGCGAAUGCAAAACCCUCCAUUUACAGCUGAGGGUUUCGUUUGAAGGGCAAGUCGCGGGCUGGGGCGCGGAGGUUCCCUUAGAGAAGACUGCGAAGCCUCCUCUCGUUGACAUUUCGGAUGAUCCGGUGUAUCGCGAGUGGGCGCAUUGGGUGGCGGUUAGUUCAACAAACCGCUUUGAUGGGAACUCGGAGAGUCUACUCACGUAUAGACCCCCGACGCCACCCAAGGGCAGCGGCCUCCACCGCUAUGUGCUGCUGCUAUUCGUAGCUUCCCUAGACCAGCAGCCGCAGCAGCAGCAGCAGCAGCAGCCGCAGCAGCAGGAGCAGCGUUUGCUGCUGCAGCAGCUACCAGGCAACAGCAGCAGAGCGAGAUGGGGGGGCAUCGGCAGAGCUAUUGAUUUUGCUGCAGCAAAUAAUCUGCAGCUAGCGGGACUGCAGAAGGAGGUGGUGGUUCGCGUGGCCCUCUCGCUGCAGCGGCUGAACCUGGAGCAGCAGCAGCAGCAGCAGCAGCAGCAGCAGGUGUACGUGCUCGUGCUGCCUCCCUGGUGUUUGCUGCAGCACUGGAAGCUGCAGGGCCCUCAACGGGUUAGGUGGGGAGAGCUGCUGCUGCUGCAGCAGCUGCAGCAGCUGCUGCCGGUGGUAGAGUAUGAUGAUUUUGCUGCUCUGCAUCAGCAACAAAAGCAGCAGGUGGACUCAGUAAUGUUGCUGCAAUACAAUGCAGCAGCAGCAGGAGCAGCAGCAGCAGCAGCUGGAGGUCAGCCUUGUGCUGUCGCUGCUGCUGCUGCUGCAUGCAGCGCCUUUGGCCUCAUCGCGGAGCAGCAGCGAACCGCUCGCCAGGUGUACAUGCAGCAGCAGCGGCAACUGCAGCAGCAGCGGCAACUGCAGCAGCAGCAGCAGCAGCAGCAGCAGCAGCAGCAAACUGAUUCGUUAUUCUUUUGGCUGGGGGGUUAUUGCAAUCCAUUGAGAGCGGAAAGAGCUGUUUGCAUCGAAUCGGCCCUUCCCACGCCCUGGACUCUGUCGCGGUGUCUGCCUGCUGCUGCAGCGGAAGAUGAAAUCAUCUUCUUAAAGGCAAGGCAUGCAGACUCAAUUCUGCCUCCAUUUCCUGAUGAAGCAGAGGAUUGGGGUUUAGGGUUUGGGGUUUACGUACACCCGAAACUACAGGCCGUAGGAGAUGCCUUCCUCAGCUACAUGCGCAGCAGCAGCAGCAGCAGCAGCAGCAGCAGCAGCAACCUCGGAGGCAAGUGCAGCAGCAGCAGCACCAACAGCAGCUCCUGCAGCAGCAGCAGCAGCAGCAGCAGCAGUGACGGCACUUCUCCGGUAGCUGCAGCAUUACCAGCAUCAUCAACAGCAGCAGCAGAACCAGCAGCAGCAGCAGCAGCAGCAGCAGCAGCAGCAGCAUUUCCUUUCAUCUCAUUGCACUGGAGGCGCUCUGAUUUCAUAAGAAUCGGAUUAGCAGCAGAUUCUGCUGCAGCAGCAAAAGUGCUGCUGCAGCUCGCAACCCGCAUUCAAGCCCUUGCUGUACUGGUCUGUACAGACGCAACGCCAGAAGAGCGCAAGGACCUAUCAGCUAACUUUGCUGCAGCAGCAGCAGCAGCAGAAGCAACAGCAGCAGCAGCAGCAACAACAGCAACUCCGAAGGUGUACUUCUUCGAUGUUGAAAUCGCGCUGCAUGCCCUCGCGAGGCAGCAGCAGCAGCAGCAGCAGCAGGAAGAUGAGGAAGCUGUGCUGCAGCGGGGAUGUUACACCAGCAGCAGCUGCAGCAGGAACAGCAGCAGCCGCAGCAGCAGCAGCAGCCGCAGCAGUAGCAACAGCAGCAGCAGCAGCAAAAACAGCAGCAGCAGCAAAAACAGCAGCAGCAGCACAAUGUCUUCAGCGAGGCCUGGCCCUCACGGGCUAUCUCUGCACGAUCCCCACACGGCAGCAGCAGCAGCAGCAGCAGCAGCAGCGACAAGAGAAGCAGCAGCACCUGCAUUAAGCAGGCAAUCCCUAC